ACUUGUGCUCUCAAGGUACAGUCAACAACACAGCGUCAGAUAGAAACUCUUUGAAGAGAUGUCUAAACUAACUAUUGUGGCCUUCUUUGUGAUCGUUGGGGUCCUAGCAAUCAACGGUGCACGUUUGCGUAUCCGACCGAUUUACGACUAUGGCUCACCAGAUUAUCGUCUUAUUCCUGGGAGGGACGGACGUCAUAGACUUGUUCGUGUAUACGAAAGACCAGACAAACCAGAUCACUUGGUAAUCACUCAAGGACGUGGCGCAAACAGGCGGACAUAUGUCACUGACAAUGUUGACCAUCUAUAUGAUCACCCUAGAAUGGGUGCACGUGCACUCUCAUCUCAUCACGGCUACAGCACCUUAGGAAUAAGGAAGCGCAGAUCCAUCCUGCAUCCAUUCCACUCAGCGGCACUGUUCCAUCCACUGCUGGCUCGCAACUACGGUCUCAAUCUCGCUCUCAGAGCCCGAACCCUUGGUGCCCUGUCGUCCAGAAAUCGUCUUCUCGGAGCACGUGGUCUUCUGGGGCAACGCCUGGUGAGACCCCAAAAUGUUGCACAGAUCGCUACACAGGUGGGACAUCACAAAACACCAGCGGCUGUGACCAAGGUCGCAACGAAACAUGCGCCACAGAUUAUUCCCUCUGCCCCAGCUGUUGUGCUGACAAAAGGUGUAGACACCUACCCAGCUCCCGCAGACGUAUACCAGCCAGGUCCCGGUGUCAACACAGGAAUCCCUAACCACAUAGAUCAAGUCGGCCUUCCCUAUCAAGAAAUCUUCGAUCAACCCGCCGGAGGUCAGCCCCUGUACCAACCUCCCUCAGCUGUAAGCAAUCAGCAAGGGCCAGCAGGAAGUAUGUACAACGAUCCUGCUCUUCAGCCUACAAAUAUGUUCAACGAUUUUUCUGGUCAGCCCGCGGAUCUGUACAACGGCCCUGGCGCUCCAUACAACGGUCCUGCUGGUCAGCCCACUGAUCUGUACAACGGCCCUGGCGCUCCAUACAACGAUCCUGCUGGCGCCCAAAUCUACCCAGAUCCUCUCGGCUCCGGCCCCAUCUAUCAAGGUACCAACGGCGCUUCAGACAUAUUCAGUAAUGGAAUCGAUGUCUACUCUACCGACCGCGGUAGUGGCUUCGGGCCUUCUCGCUCCAAUCUUGGCCUUGGCGAUUACCUCCUCGACAGCAAUGGUCAGAAUUCUGUGAUCUUUGACAGCAACAAUCCUUCCAAUAUGGCCGCGUCUGGAGCCCCGACUAGGACAGCCGGCCCCGCCUCCGCUCCUAGUUUCAUGUAGAUGUUGAGUCGGUGUUAAGACAAUUGCACGUCCUUCAUACGUGUAGAUGAACUGUUGUUAUUGAUAACGUUGUUACUUGAGUAUUUGCUGUGAGCGCUCAUGCUGUGUUUCAUCAAGAUAUGUGAGCUCUUUCAAAUAAAUGUUAACUUGUAA